UCCAACCUAGUCACUGGUCGCAAAAACUGCCGAAACAAAACGAUGGCCGAAAUUCAUAUUGUAACGAUAUCCUGCUGGUUACUUUUGUUCACCGUUUCGGCUCAGGUGGUUCCAUCCUGCUGUGGUACGUUCGGUUACGAGCUUCUAGUGGCUCGCCUGGAAAGCUUGGAAAAUAUUGCUGUCAAUCUAAAACUAAAAUUCACGGAGGAUACUCAAGGCUUGCGAAGUGAUCUGCAAACGUUAACAACGAACAUUCAGAGUGCAACGUGGAACAAGUUCGAAGGGAAAACCAAAAGUGCUGUGGAAGGUCGCGUGAGUUCAAACACCGGAAAAGAUUUACCUCGGGCCUGCGAUGAAAUUUUGUCCCGAAAAUCAGCACCCUACUACGUGGACAUCUUUCGUGGAAUACAACCUCCAUUCGAAGUGUACUGCGACCAAGAAUUCGAAGGAGGAGGCUGGUUGGUAUUCCAGAAUCGAUACAACGGAGCCGUAGAUUUCUAUCGCUCCUGGAAGGAGUACAAAGAUGGCUUUGGAUCGCUUGAUGGAGAGUUCUGGCUUGGAUUGGAAAAACUACAUCAAAUAACCUACUCCGACCACUACGAACUGGCCAUCGUGAUAGAAGAUUUUCUUGGUGAAAGCGCUUUCGCGCGAUAUUCGACCUUUGCCAUCGGAGGUGAGGUUGAAAUGUACAAUCUUAUCAAGCUGGGAACCUAUAGCGGAUCCGCCAAUGAUAGUCUGAUUUAUCACGCCAAAGGAAAGUUUUCCACUUUCGAUAACGAUAACGACGAGAAUCCUACCAGCUGCGCCAUGACCUACUUCGGAGCCUGGUGGUACAAGUCUUGCCAUACGAGUAAUUUAAAUUCUCGAUACAUUCCGGCUGGAGCCAUGGUCGAAGCCAACAAGAUGAUCGUUUGGCGCAAGUGGAAAGGCGAUUUGCAUACAUUGAAGAAAACUCGUAUGAUGAUCAGACGGAUUCAGAGUAAGUGAGGUUAAGGAAAAAAUU